AUGACCGAGAGCUUCGUCUCGCGGCGUCCCUCGCAGCGCCAGGAGCUCGGCAGGGUAGACACGCCAUGCAAUGGCGUCACGGCGUUCCUCUGGACGCCAGAGGCGGAUGGAGUGCUGGUGGGCACCCGGGGCGGGGACCUCCUGCUCAUCACCUUCCCACCGGGGGCGGGCCCCAGCGUGGAGGAGAUUGGGUACGUCGAGGGCGGGGUGAAAGGCGCGGCGUGGAGCCCCGACGGCAUGCGCCUGGUCCUUGUCAGCGGCAAUGGACAGCUGCUCAUCAUGUCAGAGGACUGGAAUCCCCUGCUGGAGGCCGCCAUCGACCAUGGGCAACCCAUCGGCUCUGCCAGCGUGGAGUGGAGGGCUGAUGGGGCCUGCUUCGCCACGGCCACUGCGGGCGGCCCCUCCGACACCCAUGCCCUCUGCAUCUGGGACGGCGUGAGUGGGGAGGUGACGGCGCGGGGCGAGGCGGCACCGGGGCUCACCCAGCUGCUGAGCUGGCAGCCCAACGGCCGCCACCUGUACACCGUGCAGCGGCUGGGUGCAGUGGCAGCCGGCAGCGAGGCGCCCGCCGCUGCGGCCCGCCCGCUGGAGAGCCACCGCAACGGGCUCCAGCACGGCGGCUUCGACCUGGUGGCGCCGGGCGGGGAAGGCGCUGUGGUCACGGGGCUGGGCUGGAGCCCCGGCUCGGAGGUGCUGGCCGUGGCAUGCAGCCAGGAAGACGGAAGCGGCACCACGAGCGCCGCGCUGCAGCUCUGGACGCGCAGCAACUGGCACUGGUACUGCAAGGGCGAGCGCAGGUUCGAGGGGUGCGGCGCGCUGCGCGCGCUGUGGGGCGGCGCCGCCGCCAGUCUGACGCUCGACGUCGUUGCUACCUCCAGCGACGUUACCAGGCUCGAAUUAAGCCAGCUGGAGGACGUCAGCCGGCUGGGCACGGCGGCGCCCGAGACGCUGGCCGCCUGCCUGGCCGACGGCCGCCUGGCCCUGAGCCGGGCUCCAUGCGACGACGCCUGGGAGGGCGAGGCGCGGCCGCCGCAGCUCCUCCUCCCCUGCCUGGGCGCGGGCGAGGCGGCGCGGCUGAAGCGCGCGGUGUGGACCGAUGCGACCCGCCUCGUCCUGGUGCUGGCGGGCGAGAGGGAAGCUGGUCGCGAUGGCCAGGGAGACGGCGGCGCCCUGCACGACGCAGGCCUGGACCUGGAGAUUCGCCGCGUGCUGACCGCGCAAGGCCCCGUCUUCCAGCUGGCCUGCGGCGGCGUGGUCACGCUCCGCCGCGACUCGGCUGGCGCUGGCAGUGAUGGGACUGGCAAUGCCUGCGGUGACAGCAGCGCGACCGACGGCGUGCGCCUGGACCCCGGCCCCGCCUUCAAGGCGCCCUGCCCCGUCAUGGCCGUGCUGCCCGAGGCCAGGCCGCAUGCCACCCCGUUGGCGCUGUACGGCGUGUCGCGGCGCGGGGAGCUAUGGUGUGCGGGGGCGGCCCGCCCGGUCGCCGAGGGCGUGACCUCGCUGGCCCUACGCCCCGGUGGUUCCGGUGCGUGUGACUCCCCACCCCCCCUUGCGCCCUGGCUGCUCUUCACCGGCCGCGACGGCCGGCUGCACACGCGGCGGGCAUCGGUGCCGGGGAACACAGCCGCGCCCGAGGCAUCGGCCCCUGCACCACCAGCGCUGGCGGCGCGCGCUGUGGAGGCCGGGGCGCGUCUGGUGGCGGCCCCCCCCGGGUCGCACUGCGCAGUGCUGUGCCUGCCGCGCGGCAACCUGGAGGCGGUGUGCCCACGCGCGCUGGUGCUGGCCUCGCUGGCAGCCUCGCUGGCGGCCGGCGACGUCGCCGCAGCCUGGGCCCUGGCCACGCAGCAGCGCGUCGACCUCAACCUGCUGGUCGACGCGCGCUGGCCGCGCGUGCUGCAUGACGCGCCGCGCUUUCUCGCCGCGCUGGGCGAGGACCAGGCCGUGGCGGACCUGCUGUCCGCGCUGCGGCCAGGCUCUGUGCUGGCGCCAGGCGGCGUCUACGCUGGCGCCGAGGGUUUUGGGGGGGAUGGCGGCGAUGGGGAGGGUCUGAGGCAGGGUCACGACGGCGGCGCAUACGGGCUUGAGGGCCCACCGCCGUCGUCUCGAGCCGACGCCCAGACCGACGAAAAGGUCACGAAAGUCUGCGCGGCCUUCCGGGACGCCAUCCUGGCCGGCCCGGGCCGCGCCUUCCUCCGCUCCCUGCUGGUCAGCCACUCGCGGUGCGGUGACCUGGAGGGCGCCAUGCGCCUGCUCCGUCAGGUCAAGGACGCCGCCAUGGAGGAGGAUGGAGUGACACUGGAAGGCCCCAGCCCCACACCAGGCAACCAGCUGCCCCGGCCGCCCAGCGCGGAGGACGGCCUGCGCCACCUGCUGCUGACCAGCAGCGCCGAUGAGCUUUACGCCACGGCGCUGGGCAUGUACGAGCUGGACCUGGCCUACAUGGUGAUCGCUCACAGCCAGAAGGACCCAGGGGAGUACCUGCAGGAGCUGGGGCGGUUUGCUGCGGAGCGCGACGUGGUGCUCCGGCGCGUCGCCAUCGACCGCCACCUGCGCCAGCACGAGGCCGCGCUGCGCGGCCUGCUGGAGGCGGGGCCGGCGCACUUUGGCGCCGCGCUGCAGCUGGCGGCGCAGCAUGGCCUGCUGCGCAAGAUGCUGCAUCUGUGCCGAGACGACCAGGAGCAGCGGCGAGCGGUGCUCCGCGCCUACGCAGAGUCCCUGGAGACCAGGGGUCUGUAUGAGGACGCGGGCCUGGCGUUCGUUACGGCGGGGCUGAUGCGCGAGGCGCUGGCGGCCUACCGCGGCGGGCUCCACUGGCGCCCCGCCCUCACUCUGGCCGGCAAGCUGGGCCUACGGGUUGAGGGCGUGCGGGAGCUGGCCAUGGAACUGGCGGACGAGCUGGUGUCGGCAUCGCGCCCCGCGGAGGCCGCCGCGGUGCGGCUGGAGUACUGUCGCGACGUGGACGCGGCCGCCGCGCUGCUGGCGGCGGCCAGGGAGUGGCGCGAGGGCGCGCGCGUCGCCGCCUCCCACGCCCGCCCCGACCUGCUGGACCGGGUGCUGGCCCCCGCGGCCGCCGCGCGCGCAGCGGAGGUGUUUGAGGACGUGCGGGAGAGCGCGGCGCGCGUGGCCAAGUACGCGGCGCGCCUGGAGCACCUGGCGGCGCGGCGGCGGGACCUGGCGGCUGCCCUUGCGGCGGCCGAGGCGGAGCGGGGGCAGGAGGGGGGGGAUGAUCGGGACGGAUCCGACGCGGGGCGCGGGCCCGGGUCCGACGCCGGCGACGACGCGGCGUCGGAGGCCAGCGGUGUGACCGAGCUGAGCGCGUAUACUGACGCCAGCCUGGCGCCCAGCUCGCAGAGCACGCGCAGCGGGCACAGCAGCGCGUCCACACUGGGCGGCAAACGCAGGCAGAGCGCCAAAUCGAAGCGCAAGGCGUCCAGCCUGCGCAUGGGCCAGCUCGCCGAGUUCCUGGUGCUGCUGGGUCAUGAGUCCGAUGCCCGGCGGCUGCAGCAGGCGGUGGGAGAGCUGGUGGCGGCCUGCGCCGCCACCGGCGCCGCCAUCCUCGCCUCGCCCCCGCCGGGCAUGCUGGCCGAAGGCGGACAGGGGCCCAGCCCGCAGCUGGCGCUGCGCGUGGCAGCCGCCGAGGCCGAGGCCAAAAGCGUGACGUGGAAGUGGGACGUCCUUCGAGCCGUCUGA